GCGCGAUGCCACCGCCCCGCGCGAUGCGGUCACGGAGCCGCCGCCGCGCCCUCGCCCGGCGGUUUGAAUGUGAAGCGCAGCCGGAGCGCUCGGAGCCGCCGCCGCCGCCGUCGUGGGGGAGCUGCCAGGUUCUGCCAGAAUGGAGCUCAGUGAUGCCAAUUUACAAACUUUAACUGAAUAUCUAAAGAAAACACUAGAUCCAGAUCCUGCUAUAAGGCGUCCUGCGGAAAAGUUCCUUGAAUCUGUGGAAGGAAGCCAGAACUACCCACUGUUACUCUUAACACUGCUGGAGAAAUCACAGGAAAAUGUCAUCAAAGUUUGUGCAUCUGUAACAUUCAAGAAUUAUAUUAAAAGGAACUGGAGAAUUGUUGAGGAUGAACCAAACAAAAUAUGUGAAUCAGACAGAAUAGCCAUUAAAGCCAACAUAGUGCCCUUGAUGCUUAGCAGCCCAGAACAAAUUCAAAAGCAGUUGAGCGAUGCCAUCAGUAUCAUUGGGCGGGAAGACUUCCCUCAGAAGUGGCCAGACCUGCUCACAGAGAUGGUGAAUCGCUUCCAGAGCGGAGAUUUCCACGUCAUCAACGGCGUGCUGCGCACCGCCCACUCUUUAUUCAAAAGGUACCGCCAUGAAUUUAAGUCAAAUGAAUUAUGGACAGAGAUCAAACUUGUUCUUGAUGCCUUUGCUUUACCCUUGACAAAUCUCUUUAAGGCAACUAUUGAACUUUGCAGCACGCAUGCAAAUGAUGCCAGUGCCCUGAAGGUUCUCUUCUCUUCUCUCAUUCUAAUUGCGAAGCUCUUCUACAGUUUAAAUUUUCAGGAUCUUCCUGAAUUUUUUGAAGAUAACAUGGAAACAUGGAUGACAAACUUUCAUAGCCUUUUAACUUUAGAUAAUAAACUCUUGCAGACUGAUGAUGAAGAGGAAGCUGGAUUGCUGGAGCUCUUGAAAUCACAAAUUUGUGAUAAUGCCGCUUUAUAUGCUCAAAAAUAUGAUGAAGAAUUCCAGCCCUACCUGCCACGUUUUGUAACAGCAAUCUGGAAUCUGUUAGUCACAACUGGCCAGGAAGUGAAGUAUGACUUGCUGGUCAGUAACGCCAUCCAGUUUCUGGCCUCAGUUUGUGAGAGACCACAUUACAAGCAUCUGUUUGAAGACCAGAAUAUAUUGACAAGCAUCUGUGAAAAAGUUAUUGUUCCCAAUAUGGAAUUUAGAGCGGCUGAUGAAGAAGCAUUUGAAGAUAAUUCUGAAGAGUAUAUAAGAAGGGAUUUGGAAGGAUCUGAUAUUGACACCAGGCGCAGAGCUGCUUGUGAUCUGGUCAGAGGCUUGUGCAAAUUUUUUGAAGGACCUGUGACAGGGAUUUUUUCUGGAUAUGUAAAUUCUAUGCUGCAAGAAUAUGCAAAGAAUCCGUCUGUUAACUGGAAGCACAAAGAUGCAGCCAUUUACCUUGUAACAUCUUUGGCAUCCAAAGCUCAGACACAGAAGCACGGAAUAACACAGGCCAAUGAACUUGUUAAUCUGACAGAAUUCUUUGUGAAUCACAUUCAACCUGACUUAAAGUCUGCUACUGUGAAUGAAUUCCCUGUGCUAAAAGCAGAUGGUAUCAAAUAUAUCAUGAUUUUUAGAAACCAAGUACCAAAGGAGCAACUGCUGGUGUCUAUUCCUCUCUUAAUCGAUCAUCUCCAAGCAGAAAGUAUUGUAGUCCAUACCUACGCAGCCCAUGCUCUUGAAAGACUGUUUACCAUGAGAGGGACAAAUAAUGCUACCCUCAUUACAGCUGCAGAAAUGGCACCAUUUGUAGAAGUGCUGUUAACAAACCUUUUCAAAGCUCUGACGCUUCCUGGCUCAUCUGAAAAUGAAUACAUUAUGAAAGCCAUCAUGAGGAGUUUUUCUCUGCUCCAGGAGUCCAUAAUUCCAUACAUCCCUUCUGUCAUCACACAGCUCACACAGAAACUGCUGGCUGUCAGUAAGAAUCCCAGCAAACCUCACUUUAACCAUUAUAUGUUUGAGUCGAUCUGCUUGUCGAUCAGGAUAACGUGCAAGGCAAACCCAGAGGCAGUAGGGAGUUUUGAGGAGGCUUUGUUCCUGGUGUUCACAGAGAUCCUGCAGAACGAUGUGCAAGAGUUCAUUCCCUAUGUGUUUCAAGUGAUGUCACUACUUCUAGAAAUGCAUAAAAAUGAAAUCCCAUCAUCCUACAUGGCCUUGUUUCCCCAUCUGCUCCAGCCAGUUCUCUGGGAAAGGACAGGAAACAUUCCCCCUCUGGUCAGGCUCCUGCAGGCUUACCUGGAGCGGGGCGCCAGCACCAUCGCCAGCGCUGCCGCCGACAAAAUCCCUGGAUUGCUAGGUGUGUUCCAGAAGUUGAUUGCCUCUAAAGCUAAUGAUCAUCAAGGGUUCUAUCUUCUCAACAGUAUUAUUGAGCAUAUGCCUCCUGAAUCAGUUGACCAGUACAGGAAACAGAUCUUCAUUCUGCUAUUCCAAAGACUUCAAAAUUCCAAAACAACAAAAUUUAUCAAAAGUUUCCUUGUCUUCAUUAACUUGUAUUGUGUAAGAUAUGGGGCAUUAGCUCUGCAAGAAAUAUUUGACAGCAUACAGCCAAAGAUGUUUGGAAUGGUGUUGGAGAAAAUUAUAAUUCCAGAAAUCCAGAAAGUGUCUGGACAAGUUGAAAAGAAAAUCUGUGCUGUUGGCAUUACAAAAAUCUUAACAGAAUGUCCUCCCAUGAUGGACACUGAGUACACCAAACUGUGGAUUCCUUUGCUGCAGGCCCUCAUUGGCCUCUUUGAGCUACCGGAGGAUGACACAAUCCCUGACGAGGAGCACUUCAUUGACAUAGAAGAUACUCCAGGCUAUCAGACUGCCUUCUCCCAGCUGGCCUUUGCUGGGAAGAAAGAGCACGAUCCUGUAGGACAAAUGGUGAACAAUCCUAGAAUCCACCUGGCACAGUCUCUGCACAAACUGUCCACGGCGUGUCCGGGCAGGGUCCUGUCCAUGCUGAGCACCAGCCUGAACGCAGAAGCGCUGCAGUACCUCCAGGGAUACCUCCAAGCUGCGAGUGUGAGUCUGCUCUGAGCUGCAGAGGCUCCUCAGCAAGACAGAACCUGCUUUCUUACGCAGAGGGUGGACACUGACUGUUCUAUAGCAGAGCCCAGACAACAUGAAAAAGCUGCUUGAAAUUGUAUUGCAGAUUCCAUCUUGUAAAAGAUGAGUGUGGCUUUAAGCUGAAACUGAAGAAUUUGAUGGUUUGUGUACUCAUAGAUAAAGGUGGCUAAUUUCCAUUCCCAGUUUAAUUUCAAAGGGAAUAGUCAUAGCAGUUUGUUAUGGGAUUGAUUUGAAAUCUGCAGUGUUUGGAUAAUAUUUGGAAAUGUGUGGAGAGCCCUGGCUGUAGAAACUCACUUCAGUGACUAAAAUUCCUUUUCAUUUUAAUGUUGUCCUUUGUAUUUCUUUUGUCUUUCCUUAAACUUUAUCUGAAUUGUGAAUAAAUAAGUACUUGUUUAAAAUGCU